AUGGUCGAGCAGGUAAACCUAGACCAGGGGAGCCAUGAGCUGGGCUCAAGUGGCGAAGGCCUCUCUUUGUGCACGUGUCUGUCACUCCCCUUCCAUGUCGUGGUGGGCAAUCAAUUGUGGGGCAAGGAGCGCCCGUACACACGUGCGCGUGUGA